UAUGGGUGCAACUACCAUUCACGGGAUUACCCGCGUUUCAUUGGUAAUGUCACUCUUCCUCUUGCCAUAUAUGUAAAUACAAUAAAAUAGUAAAAUCAAGAUUCCAAAAAGUUGAAAAGGUCGCGUUGAAACCUAACAACAAACAGAGCAAGCAGGGGAAAUGGCGGCCGCCGAGUCAGGUACAGCAGCCAGUGGCAGCUCUGCAACGACUGCCCAGCGCGGUGUUAGUCGCGUCCUGGCCAAGUUGGCGCAGUCCCUGGCCGGUGGUGAAUUUUAUGAGGCGCAUAUGAUGUACAGGACCCUGUACUUCCGCUACACGGCCCAAAAACGCUACCAAGACUGUCUGGACCUGCUCUACGACGGCGCCCAGCAACUUAUGGCCAAGGGACAGGAGAGCAGUGCGGCGGAUCUAUGCCUUCUACUGCUGGAUACACUAGAGAAGAGAGGACCCCAACCGGAAGAUUCCGACUUAUGGAUAGCCCGCUGGGGUGGCUUGAUCGGUGGGCUCAGCGCCGCGACGGUGGAGCGCGAGACCGUGAUCCAAAGAACCAUCAAGUGGAGCACCGCCCUACAUGGUCAGUACGGACACCCGGUGCUGCACAAAUUAAUUGGGCACGUAUUUUGGACUGAGGGAAACGUGGAGGCGGCUCGGCAUCACUACCUACUCUGCCAGGAUGGCAGCCUCUCCGGUCGAGUACUAAUCGAAAUUAGCCAGAGCAGGGGCUUCCAAAGUGAGGUGGACUUGUUUCUAGCUCAAGCAGUUUUGCAGCAGCUAUCGUUAAAGGACAGAAAAACCGCAGAGGAUACUUUUACGGAGUACACGAGGUCCCACUCGAAACUAUUGCGGCACGAGUUUCCCUACAAGGAGCCCCUUAUCAACUUCCUGUACUUUCUGUUCCGGCUCAUUGACGCGAAGAGAGUGGCAGGUUUCCGGGCCCUGCGAAAGCUCUACGACCCGUCACUAAAGCGGGACACGUCGUUCCUCAAGUACGUGGCUAAAAUCGGAGUGAUCUACUUUGACGAGCAGCCGGAAGCAGCUAAUGUCGGUCCAACGGGACUAGGUGGGAUGUUUGGCGACAUAUUUAACCGCCUUAUGUCGGGCUUUGACGAUGAGGAGUCAGAGGAUCAGGACACGCCUCAAAGGCGACAGAAUGCCAACAACGAACUGGACUAGCACCAGGACCAUCCGCCUGCAGGGAGCUUACGGUCUUGGUCUCGGUCUCGGUCAACUGAGGUCAAUGUCACCGGUUCACUGGCUUUUCUUGUUAUAAUUUUAAUGUGCUGUUUGCAAAAUUAUUUAACGUAAGCGUAUAGUCGCGACAAUUGCAAUGUAGUUUCUUUAGCGUUUCGGAUGGAACAUUUACAAAAAUAUAUUUCUGAAAAGAUUUCCAGUUUGCAUAAA